UUGAAGAACUCUAGCAGAACCGGUAUGGCGCGAUGUAUAAAUAACCCAUCAUGCAAACUCUCCUUUGUUUCUAGAAAUGAGAAUCUAUUGGGUUGAAGCGCAGGGUUGACUCCAGAAGGCGCAGCUGAUAAAUCAGCCAUUUUCGAAGGCAGACCUGCCCCUCGCUGUCAAAGCCGAUCACGGCUCAUCGCAGCUCAGACUCUGCUAUGAGCGUCUCUUCGUUGAAUCGACUUUUAUUUAGCAGCGGUGUCAGCACGUCAAGCUUGCGAAUGAUUUUUGAAAUUCUGCAUGUAUCCGGUUUAGUUAAAAUUUCUUUUUAGGAACAAAAAAACUUCAAUUUAUGCAAGCAUGAAUUCAGUGAUUUACUAUGGAUAAAGCGCCUUUGGGACAUGGGUUGUAGCUCAGCUUACUCAAGAAGUUUUCGCUCCGGUGGUAGGGCUUGGAUGCACUUUUUUUGUUUUUAACAUUCAUCCGUUUUCUGCAAAGGCUGUCGAACUGAAGGAUGUGGUGCAAAUAACACCCUUUAAACACUGACUGAGUCGGAAAAUGCAGAAAAGUGUGCGGUACAAUGAAGGGCAUGCUCUUUAUCUCUCCGUGCUUGCGCGCAAAGGGGGCACCAAACGAGGUUAUCUCUGCAAGAAGACCACGGAUAACAGUCGAUGGCACGAUAAAUAUUUCGCAUUGCAUCAAAAUCUUUUAUUUUAUUUCGAAAACGACCAAAGCACUCGACCUUCUGGGAUUUAUCUGUUAGAGGGAUGUACUUGCGAACGCGUGCCAGCGCCGAAAGUCUCCGCUAUAGGCAAAGAGACUCUGGACAAGCAGUACUACUUCCUGGUUAUGUUUGGCCACGAUGGCCAGAAGCCUCUGGAGCUGCGAACGGAGGAGGAGCUGGACUGCGACGACUGGGUGGAUGCCAUCCAGCAAGCCAGCUACUCUGACAUCAUCAUUGAGCGCGAGGUGCUGAUGCAGAAGUACAUCCACCUGGUGCAGAUCGUGGAGACAGAAAAGGUGGCAGCCAAUCAGCUUCGCCACCAGUUGGAGGACCAGGACACUGAGAUUGAGAGACUUAAGGCAGAGAUUGUCGCCCUAAAUAAGACGAAGGAGAGGAUGAAGCCAUACCAGGUCAAUCAGGAAGAGGAUGAUCCAGAUAUUAAGAAGAUUAAAAAGGUGCAGAGCUUCAUGCGUGGCUGGCUGUGCAGGCGGAAGUGGAAGAUCAUUGUUCAGGAUUAUAUCUGCUCUCCCCAUGCAGAGAGCAUGAGGAAGAGGAACCAGAUCGUCUUCAACAUGGUGGAGGCUGAGACAGAAUAUGUCCUGCAGCUCUCCAUACUGGUCAAUUGUUUCCUGCGACCGUUACGCAUGGCUGCCAGUUCCAAGAAGCCUCCCAUUAGUCACGAUGACGUGAGCAGCAUCUUCCUCAACAGUGAGACAAUCAUGUUUUUGCAUGAGAUAUUCCACCAAGGCUUGAAGGCAAGGAUAACUAACUGGCCAACACUAGUUUUAGCUGACCUCUUCGACAUCUUGCUGCCAAUGCUGAAUAUCUACCAGGAGUUUGUGCGCAACCACCAAUAUAGCCUGCAAGUUCUAGCUAAUUGCAAGCAGAACCGCGACUUUGACAAGCUGCUGAAGCAGUAUGAAGCCAAUGCUGCCUGCGAGGGCAGGAUGCUGGAGACCUUCCUCACCUACCCCAUGUUCCAGAUCCCUCGCUACAUCAUCACCCUCCACGAGCUGCUGGCCCACACACCACAUGAUCACGUGGAGCGCAAGAGUCUGGAGUUCGCCAAAUCCAAGUUGGAGGAGCUUUCCCGGGUGAUGCAUGACGAAGUUAGUGACACUGAGAAUAUCCGCAAGAAUCUGGCUAUCGAACGCAUGAUCGUAGAGGGUUGUGACAUCCUGCUGGACACCAGCCAGACGUUUGUCCGCCAAGGUUCCCUGAUCCAGCUCCCCACGGUAGAACGGGGGAAGCUUAGCAAAGUGCGCCUCGGCUCGCUCACCCUGAAAAAAGAGGCAGAGAGGCAGUGCUUCCUGUUCACCAAGCAUUUCCUCAUCUGCACUCGCAGCUCAGGGGGCAAGCUGCACCUGCUAAAGCAAGGCGGGGCUCUGUCUCUCAUCGACUGCACGCUCAUCGAGGAGCCUGAUGCCAGUGACGAGGAACCCAACUCCUCAGGGCAGGUGUUCUGCCACCUAGAGUUCAAGAUCGUGGUGGAGACGCCGGACGGCCUUGCGUUCACCGUGGUCCUGCUGGCCCCGUCGCGCCAGGAGAAGGCGGCUUGGACCAGUGACAUCAGCCAGUGCAUCGACAACAUCCGGUGCAAUGGCCUGAUGACUAGUGUGUUUGAGGAGAAUUCCAAGGUCCCGGUACCUCACAUGAUCAGAUCCGAUGCGCGUCUCCAUAAAGAUGAUGUUGACAUUUGCUUCAGCAAGACGCUCAACUCCUGCAAGGUUCCCCAGAUCCGCUACGCCAGUGUGGAGCGUCUUCUCGAGAGGCUGACCGACCUCCGCUUCCUCUCCAUCGACUUCCUCAACACUUUCCUGCACACGUACCGCAUCUUCACUGCUGCCACUGUGGUCAUGGACAAGCUGGCCGACAUCUACAAGAAGCCCUUCACUUCCAUCCCAGUCAGGUCGCUGGAACUCUUCUUCGCCACCAGUCAGAGUGGGAGGACUGGGGAGCUGCCGAACGACAAGUCCCCCCACCUGUGUCGGAAGUUCUCGUCGCCCCCACCCCUCCCCAUCCCCCCCCGAGCUGUGUCCCCAGUCCACGCUCGCAAACUGUCCCUCAGCUCACCGGUGGGUGCCAAGACGGGGGCGCUGGACCUGUCCACCUCAAGCCCCGCCUCCAGCGCCAGCAGUCCCACAUCGUCCCUGCCAUCAGGCACCUCGUCACCCCCAGGUGGCACCAAGGUCCCCAUGGAUCUGAGCCGGGCCCCCCCCUCACCCGAGCACGGCCCUGCCACCCUGGAGGAGGGUGGAGAGGUUCCCCGCGUGGAUACGCCUGGGGCUAAACUGCGCUGGAGCAUUCGCAGGACGGUGCUAGAGUCUGUGUCAGUGGAGACCCCCCCAGUGAGUGAGCCAGGAGACCUGUCCCCAUGCCGGUCGCCUUCCACUCCCCGGCACCUAGCUCGCUACAGGCAGUCUGGAGUCCAAUCAGCUGAGAGCUCCCGCUGCUCUGUGUCUCCCACCUCAGCUUUUGCCAUUGCCACAGCCGCAGCUGGCCACAGCAGCCCCCCUGGUUUCACAAACUCUGAGAGAAUAUGUGAUAAAGAGUUCAUCAUCCGCAGAGCCGCGACAAACCGGGUCCUGAACGUCCUUCGUCACUGGGUCUCAAAACACUCGCAGGACUUUGAGAUGAAUUGUGAUUUAAAGAUGUCUGUCAUCUGCCUGUUGGAGGAGGUACUGCGUGACCCUGACCUGCUGCCUCAGGAGCGGAAGGCCACGGCGAACAUUUUAAGUGUCCUUUCACAAGAUGACCAGGAAGACACACAACUGAGGAUAGAGGAUAUUCUGCAGAUUGCUGAAAGUCCCAAGACUGAGUGCUUUGAAUCACUGUCAGCCAUGGAGCUAGCAGAACAGAUCACCCUGCUCGACCACAUUGUCUUCCGGAGCAUUCCGUAUGAGGAGUUUUUUGGCCAAGGCUGGAUGAAGGUAGAUAAGACUGAAAGGACACCCUACAUCAUGAAGACCAGCCAACACUUUAAUGAGAUGAGUAACCUGGUAGCAUCUCAGAUCAUGACCCAUACAGAUGUGGGCUCCAGGGCUAACUCCAUUGAGAAGUGGAUAGCAGUAGCUGACAUUUGCCGCUGCCUACACAAUUACAAUGGCGUGCUGGAGAUCACCUCUGCCCUCAACCGCAGCGCCAUCUACAGGCUGAAAAAGACAUGGGCCAAGGUCUGCAAGCAGACAAAAGCCUUGAUGGACAAGUUGCAAAAGAUAGUCUCAUCCGAAGGAAGAUUUAAAAACCUACGGGAAACCCUGAAAAAUUGUAACCCACCCUGCGUCCCCUACUUGGGCAUGUACCUGACCGACCUGGCUUUCAUUGAAGAGGGAACACCCAACUUUACAGAAGAGGGUCUGGUCAACUUCUCUAAGAUGAGAAUGAUCUCACACAUCAUCCGCGAGAUCCGGCAGUUCCAACAGACUCCCUACAGGAUUGAACACCAACCCAAGGUUACACAAUACUUGCUGGACAAAACCCUAGUAAUGGACGAGGACACCCUGUACGACCUGUCCCUGAAGAUUGAGCCACGACUCCCAGCUUGAAGCUUGUCCUUUGGCACGGUGCACAGGACGGCCAUUGCAGCCAGAAGACACACGCCGGGCACACUGAGAAGCGAAGGAGAACAGAACUGUUGCAUGGCAGAGAGAGCAGAUUAGCAGAGAGAGACAGGAAACAAGAAAAAGUGGUCCGAGGUGGGUGUCGGCGUCAGAGGCAGUGUGGUCGCUACAUUCUCAGCAGGCGGAGUAUGAGAAGCUAGAGGCACAAAACAAGAGCAGGAGAUAGAGACGCUUCUCUGUUUUGAAGAGAAAAGGGGAAGUACUGGGAAAUGUAGCAUGUACAUAAAUGUCAUUGCAUCAUCUGGCUUUUCUCUCGGCUCUUUGUGGCAGAAUGAAUGCCUCACAUUGCCAUCUUACAGAAAAAUAAGGUGUGUUCUAGGUGUACUUUGUUGGCAAGAAUGACUUUAUAUGUCUGUAAUGCGUUUGUCAGCCUAUUUUGUUUUCAUUUCAGUCACGAUUACAGUUUGGGGUGGGUAGACUGUUACCCUAUGUGAACCCUUCAUCUUUCAUAUCUUAGACAAAAUAUCUCUGUCUGCAGUACUCAGAAUAGUGCACAGAACUCCAGUAUUUGAAGAGGAUCGCCUAAGUGAAUGGCUUGCGCAAAAUGUGUUUUUCUCAAAAUAUGUUUUUUUUUUCAUUUUGUUCGACAGUGUCAACAAGUGAAUCUGUUAUCCUGCACAACCUUAAGCAGCUAUAAAUGCAGUUUAUUUAAUUGCUAUGGAUGAUGUUUGUCUCCCAUAGUUUUGAGGAUUUCAUUCCCAUUCCAGCCAUAUUGUUGCAUUUGCUAAUCUGUAGAUACUCGUGAAUGAGUAGAUACUUCAGGUUCUCGUUCUUGAGGUCUACACUUUGACUGAUCCAAAGUAAAACAUCGGAUUGCUUCUUUUUAAUCCAUUCAUUGUUGCAGUGUCUGGGAUUAUUUGUGUACUGUGUUUCAUUUAAUUAACAGUGACUUGUUAGCUAGGCAGCACAGUGGCUAGGUCCGCAACAUCACAGGGUCGUGGGUUCAGUCCGCACCUCCAGCUCUGUGUAUGUCGAGCUUGCAUGGUCCCUUUGCAUCAUCCGGCCUCCUCUGUGGUCCAGAACAUGCAGUUGGGUAAAUUUUUGUCUCUAAAUUGCUAAUCGUAUGUGACUGUGUGCCCAGUGAUGGAAGGGUGCCCAUCCAGGCCGGCAACUGUCCCAUUAGCUAGGCCCGAGGAUUGUCGCAACAUUGCUCUGGAUAGUCAUUUAUGCAAGAUUAAUAAUUUAUUAGCUCUUUGAUUUUACACACGUUUAUCCUUCUGGUUAUUUAAUGAAGUUUUCCCAAUUAAAGUACCUUUUCCCUCCUGGAAUCACAAAUGAAACCCUUUACUCAUAAAUCCGGUAGACCUAACACUAGAUCUAACCGAGUACAUUUUUCUGUUGCAGUUUAUAAUUGAUUUGUAUUUAAAAUGUUAAGGGGAAUAAAAUAGCGACAUUUGAAGUCAGUAUUUUUAAAAGAGAUCCUUAAUUAUUAGUUAAUUAGCCUGUGAUUUACAUAUUGCUCAGUAUGAAGUGAGACGGCAUUGACUUAUAGUUGUUAAUAAUAAUCAUCUGCUUCAGCAACAAAAUAUGACUUUAUAGCCAAUAAACCUUAUUGACGAAAUAGUUACGGUUCGUGCUUUAUGGUGUUUCGUCUAAUUAAAAUGAUCUCACACUCGUUCUGCAGCCAGUCACUUCCAACUUCUGUGUAAUUGAACGGUUCCAUGACUGCAUGCUUCGGUUACUUUCUAGCAUGCAGUGUGUUCCUGACCUGCUCCACGCUUCCGUGAGUGCUGUCCUUCACCACAGCUCAGGCCCUUUAAUAGAAAUCAUUGUUACAGAAACGGCCCAUCUUAAACACGACUACAAAUGCUUUAUCAUACUGUGAGAAGCAUCAAAAUGUGUUUCUAUUUUGAAAAUUCAAACGGGGUGAUGAAUCAGUGAUUACGUGUUUAAUUGAUACUACUGACAGUACUCCUGAUUUGAGUAAACAUGCGGAGUAUUCAAAAAACGCGAACAUAUCAUAUAAGUGAUGUAUUAUCCCCCCCUGGUGGUUAAAGUCAGUUCAUCACAUUUUAUGAACGCUGGGCCCAUCACAAAUGUAAAUGUUUUCCUGCAAUUCAUCUCCUUUUCACCAUGACAGCAGUUUCUGUAGAGAUUAAAAUGUAAUAUAUUUGCCUGGCUUAACAGUAUAUUAUUUGUAUGUCAAAUAUUUCAUAACUGCAUCAAAUAUUAUGAGCUAACGACUCAUUAAAGUCACUGUUGCCUAGCUAUAUGGCUGAGAAGAUAAAUAUGUAUAAUAGCUAAUUAUUGUUUAUAUAUUUGCACAAAGACUAAAUCAGAGAGUUUACUGUGAAUAAAAACUUUACUACAUCCCUAUAGAAACAACUACUUGUAUUUAUAUAUAUUUAAUAAGUGGUAGAUCGAAUACGCCUCGUGCCCAUUGCUUCCGGGAUGGGCUCCGGACCCCCCGCGACCCAGUAGGAUAAGCGGUUUGGAAAAUGGAUGGAUGGAUGGAUAGAUCGAAUACGAUGUGCAUCAUUUCCUUGUCUUGUACUUGCUUGACCCAUAAAGUCAGGCUUUGUUUUUAAAAUGUCAUUUUUAAUCUCCAUGUAACAGUUUUCGUUAUUCUCAAGACUGACAUGCACCUAAUGUGACUUCCACAGUAGCAGUGUGGACUGAAAUGCCUUAACACACGACCAGCCACAAAUAAAGGAUUUUUCUUAUACCGAGAAACGUUAAAACCGUUUCUUAUACCGAGAAACGUUAAAUUUCUUCACAAAAGCAAACAUAUGUAUUGAUUGUUAUAUUUUUUCCUUAGUUGAGAAGGCUAAUAAACAUUUGCUAAUUUGCUAAAUAAAAAACUAAUUAAUAAAAAAAAACAAUACAAUUAUUGUAAUUGAUCAAAUACUGAUUUUGUUUUUUAUGGCUGAGAUUUAAUCAAAGACCUCUUUACUCAGAUAAAAUAUAAUAAUGAAAAAAGGGAAAAGUUAUAAUAAAUUAGUCAUUAACACAGGGCUUUGGAGUGGUGCGGACAGCAAUGUAGCUAUGCUUGCAUGGCUAGAUUUGAAUUUUUUUUGCUAUUUAUUUCAAUAAAGUUUUGAUGUGUUUAUGUACAUAGUCUCGCAAAAGAAGCUGAACUGCAUAUGCUAUUUAUUUUAAAGUCUGCUGGGAAACAUUCUGUUGUUUUUUUCAGUUGUAUAGUAGGUAUUUUGUGUCUCCCAAGACACCAUAAAAACAUAAAAAAUAAAAUUAUGUAGCACAAAAUUUGUUCAUUUUUUAAUAAUUUACUGUAAUGGCAGGUUCUACCGAUGUAGAAAUGCACAGCAUUGCAUGUGCAUGUGCCUGAAUAGACCCCACUGGGGUGUCUGCUUUGUUUUAAUUUAUACUGUAUAUUAUUGUAUAGAAAUGAUUCUUGUUUCUCUUGUCUCUUCUUGCCCAUUGGAGUGUGUGUGGCUAAUCCCAUUCAGUGCUUACAUGUAAAAUAAAAGUCUUUUGAAAGUG